CAGUAACUCACUUCCUGGUUGUAGCGCGCUGUAAAUAAAACAACAGAAGAAGAAGCCGGUUUCACACUGUUUUGCUAGCGGGCUGGUAACACCAGUGCAGUGUUGCCCAAGAAUAAUGGCAACACCGGUGCCUGUGCUUCGCCUGCCGAGAGGACCGGAUCCAAACAGCCGUGGAUUCGACCCCAGUUCCCCCCGCUUCAUCGCACUUUGCCGCACGUCCCUCACUUCUUCCUCUUGCGCCAGGUCUUCGUUACGCGCAGACUCAGACGAGCUGAGGCUGGAGCAGAGCGCCCGUGCGCAGUUGAGGGAACGCUUCCUCCGUUGUGUGCUGGCCACGUGCAAAAAGAAGGUGCACUUCCACCUGCACGACAACGUCAGGGUGGAGGCCACCUUUGGCGCUUCUGAUAUCGACGUGCUCAACUUCCAGGUGUCCGACCUGCACACACCUAUCGGCGUGCAGAAAGAAGCGCUCGUCAGAUGUCAGGACGUCAUUUCAUACACGUUUGACUUGUGAAGACUGCUUCUUUUCAACCCAGGAUGCAACAUGGAACUUUUGCCUCCUCCCUCUCUCUUUUGGAGGGAAGUAUGGCUACAUUUUUUUCAGCCUAUUGAAUCAAAGCACGAACUCCUUUUGUAACACAAGAUGGCGCCACGAGCCCUAUUUCUAUUGCCCUGUUACGGAAGCUGGACUUGCUGUGACGAUUGUAGUGUACAGUAUGCAGCUGAAAUUAUGUAAAAUAUCUUCAGAGAAGAAAGCAUUAUGUUUGUAAAUGGUACGGCUCUAUUGACCAAUUAACACACUGAAUGGCUCACUUUGCAAAUGAACCCAUAUCUGUGGAGAAGAAAUUAGGUUUACAGGUCCAAGCUUUAGAAAGUAAAUUAAAAACGUCAGUCUGAGUGAAUUGCUCUUG